CUUACCUAAGUCCCACUAUUCAAAAUGAAAUAAUAUCAAUAUGCAAUCAGUGUAUAUUAAAGGAAGUUUCUUCAAAAGUCAAAGCAUCACCAUUUUUUAGUGUUUUGGCGGAUGAAACUUCCAAUAUUGGUAAUAUUGAACAACUAUCCAUAGCAAUAAGGUUUAUUGAUAUGGAAUCAGGUAAUUAUAAAAUGAAGGAACUAUUUGUUCAAUUUAUUGAAUUACCUGACACUAAGUCAGAAACGAUUGCUAAUCAAAUUAUUAAAUCACUUCAAAACCUGGAUUUAAAUUUAAAUCUACUGAGAGGCCAAGGGUACGAUGGAGCUCCCUCGAUGAGUGGCCAUGUUAAAGGGGUCCAGUCAAGAAUUAGAGAGCUUUAUAGCACAGCUCUUUAUGUUCACUGCAGUUCACAUUGCCUGAAUUUGAUGAUAACUGAGGCAUGUGAAAUUAGAGACAUCCGGAACAGUUUACAAACAAUAUCGUCGGUUUGUGACUUCUUUACCCCACCCAAGAAGAGGGAGAUUUUUACCCAAACGUUCGAUGAAAUUGAUUCAAAAAAUUCAAAAAAAAAAUUAAAAAGAUUUUGUCCCACAAGAUUCAUUGAAAGACAACAAUCGGUGAAGGUUUUCAUCAAGUUAUAUGAGGUUAUUUUUGCAGCACUGGAAUCAUACAUAUUACGCAAAGAAAAAGAUUCCGCAGAUGCGGAAAAUCUUUUACAGGCUAUUACGAAGCCUCAAUUUUUAAUUUCAAUUCAAUGUGUUUAUUUUUUAUUUAAUUAUACAUAUGAUUUUAGCAAAAUGUUACAAAAAAUUGAUUUGGAUUUAACGGAGGUUAUGAAUAGGGCAAAGGAUAUUGUUGAAAUAUUAACAAAUAUCAGAGAUAAUGUGGAUGAAAAAUUUCACGAAAUAUAUGAGAAAGUAAAGGAGAUCGCUAAUAUGUUUGGGAUUGAAAUUUUUAAACCUAGAGUAGUUUCUAGACAAUCCAAUCGCUCAAAUAUUGAUGCAUCUACGAUUGAGGAUUUUUAUAAAAUUAACAUUUUUAUUCCACUUAUUGAUACAUUUUUAUUUCAAUUAAAGGAAAGAUUUAUAAGUCACAAUUUUAUUUUAAAAAGCUUUUAUUUUCUUUUGCCGGUUGAGUCUAAAUUGUUGAUUACACUUGAAACGCGAGAGGAUAUUAAGAACAUCUUAUAAUUUUAUUCUGAUGAUUUAUUAGGGUCGUAUGAUAAGUUACUUUGUGAUGUCGAAUUUUGGUAUAAAAAUCUUGGCAGAAUAGAGUACUCUUUGAGACCAAAAAAUGCUUUGCAGGCCCUUUCCAUGUGUAAUUGCACUUUAGAUUCCCUGCCCAAUAUCAAAACAUUGUUUUUUAUUUUAGCUACUUUACCGAUUAGUACUUGCACUAAUGAAAGGUCUUUUUCAACUUUGAAAAGGUUAAAAACCUAUUUAAGAAAUAGCACCGGUGAAAAUCGUUUAAAUGGAUUAGCCCUAUUAAAUAUUUAUAAGGAGAUUAUUCUAGAUAAAAAUUUGAUUCUAGAUGAAUUAGCCAAAUCUCAGAGAAAAGUAGACCUCUCUUUAUAAAUUCAAAUCAUAUAAUUGUAAUAUUUUCUUAGUCAUAAAA